AUGAAAUUCACCCUCCCCUUCCUUGCUCUCUCCGCCCUCACAACCGCCCAAUUCGGCGGAGGCGGCGGUGGCGGCGGUCUCCAACAAGUCACCAACUUCGGCGCCAACCCCAGCAACGCCAAAAUGUUCCUCUACGUCCCCGCUACCCUCGCGGAGAAGCCCGCUAUCAUCGUCGCCAUCCACUACUGCUCGGGAACCGCGAGCGCCUACUUCUCCGGCAGCCCCUACCGUCAGCUGGCCGACCAGAAGGGCUUCAUCGUCAUCUACCCGGAGUCGCCGUACAGCGGGACCUGCUGGGAUGUGUCGUCCAAGGCGACACUUACGAGGGAUGGCGGGGCAAAUUCGAAUUCGAUUGCGAAUAUGGUGAAGCAUGUUAUUGGGGAGUAUGAUGCGGAUCCGGAGAAGGUGUUUGUUACGGGGACUUCGUCUGGUGCCAUGAUGACCAACGUCCUCGCCGCAACAUACCCCGACCUCUUCGCAGCAGGAAUCGUCUACGCCGGCGUCCCCGCCGGCUGCUUCUUCACCAACACUGUCAACGGCUGGAACAACACCUGCGCCAACGGCCAAGUCAAAGGAACCCCCGAACGCUGGGCCCAAUGGGUCUUCGAGGCCUAUCCGGACUACGAUGGCCCGCGGCCCCGAAUGCAGAUCUACCACGGGUCGGCCGACACUACCUUGGGAUCGGCAAACUACGCCGAGCAGAUGAAGCAGUGGUGCGGCGUGUUCGGGUGCGAUCCCGAUGCGCCGGAGGAGAAGGCGGAGAAUAAGCCGUUGCAGGGGUAUACGACUUCGACGUAUGUCGGAGGGCAGCUUCAGGGGAUUUGGGCGGUGGGGGUGGGCCAUAAUUUUCCCAUUAGGGGCGACGAUGAUAUGAAGUGGUUCGGUCUGUAG